CUUCUCUGCGCAGGCGCACUGCGGCGUGACCCCGGCGUGACCUGUAUCUAAGGAUGCUCGCGAGACUUGGAGCCAGCAUGGCCGCCCCCAGUAGGCAGAGCUGGCUGUAAAUCAGAGCGGCUGACGACUGGUGGCAUGGCGCUGGCCACCGUGUGGAGGAAUCUUUGUCACUCGCCUAACUUGCGCGUGCGUGGAGCUCUGGCUGCUCUAAAGUGCCAGCCUGGACAUCAUGUUCACAAGGGAGUCCAGGCGUGUCUGUGUCCCUGGUUCUGUCCACUGCGGCCUGCGCCCUCCCAGGCCAAGUCCCUUCAUACUUGCUGUGAAAAGGUCCCUUCAGAAAAUGGAAACGACCCCCAUCCUCUCCAGGAGCCAGAAUUCUCUCAGGUCGCCUGCUGCGACAGAUUGGAAGGAAAUGCAAAAAUCGCGGCAGGCGCAGGCGGGCAGCUGUGCUGCGGACGGCUAAGCAAGUUCGCCUCUUCCCAGGAAGUGCUCAGCUUCCUGAGCACGUUGCAGGCCGUGCCCGAGCCCCUGGCAACAGGGGCCUUACAACGGAUCUGUGAAGUCGAGAGCCGAAGGGGCGACAGCUCGCUGCCCCAGGAAAUCCUGGACAAUGGGGUCUUUGAAGCUCUGUGCCUCCCCUUCGAGCAGGAGCCCUCCAGCCUGUCCAGUGCAGGCCUGGUGUCGGUCCUGCGGGCCCUCGCACUGCUGCGUGUGGUCCCCCAGGGGCGCCUGCUGCCGAGCCUGGUGGCAGAAUGCCGGCGUCGGCUCCAAAGAGACGGCCUGGAUGUCCAGGCUCUCUGUGUGCUGGGGGAGAGUCUGCUUAAACUGCAGGGGCCAGACUGCUCCACACUGGAACUCGUCUUAGACGAGCUGCAAGGUAGAAGCUUAGAAAGCGUUGCCCCCGAAGACCUCGUGGCCCUUUACAGAACCUUGCAGGAGUGCCCUGAAAAGGCAGGCAGAUACCAGGGCCUCCUAGAUAAGGUCAACACCGCUUGCCUCUCUGUGUUCCUCGGCCUGAGUCCUACGUCCAUCAGCCAAGUGCUCGACGCCCUGGUGGUGCUGGAUCAAAGCCAGGCCCUUUCUCUGGUCAUCAGGCUCGCCAAGUACGCCAGGAGACACGUCCCUGCUUUCACCGGCCAAGAGCUCGGCAAGGUCAUCGAGGCGUUAGCAUACUUCGGGCACAGCGACCGGGUCUUCACGGAAGCCCUGGAGCAGCGCCUCUCCACCGCCUCUCUCACACAGGACCCGGAGCUGCUCUGCAGAGCCGUGCAGUACUGCAGCCGGAGACGGGUCCUCUCCAGGCCCAUCCUGGACAGCGCGGCAGAAGCCUUCGUGUGCCGGCCGCACGAGUUCUCACCUCGGCAGGUCGCGGAGCUGAUCGAACCCUUCGGGAGACUCAACUACUCACCGCCCAACGCCACUGCCCUGUUCCGGAGCCUGGAGAGCGAGCUGGCCACCCGCUUCAGGGAUUUCCCGCCCAGAGCGCUGCUGAACCUCUUGCACUCGUGCUCGCUGAUUGAGCGCCACCCCACCAACCUCAUGGCGAAGAUCUUCAGCCCCUAUUUCCUCAUGCAGCUGCAAGGGGAAGAACCGUUUGUGGACAGGCUGAGCCUAGCACAGCUCACCCACCUUCUGCUGACCUCCUUCUUGGAAUGCCCUUUCUACAAGGGCCCCAGACUCCCCCCCAAGUUCCAGGUGAAGUCCUUCCUUACUCCAUGCUGUGCGCUGGAGACCCCCAUGGAUUUUCACCUCUAUAACUUGGUCAAGAUGGCGCUGAUCAAACUCUUGGGAUCGAGGCUGUAUUUCGGUGUGAGAGUGCUGACGCCCUACAAUUACACCAUUGAUGUUGAACUAAAACUAAAUGAAGAAGGAUUCAUAUUACCAUUCAGAGUUGAGGAAGACAUACAUAAAAGGGUGGCCCUUUGCCUUGAUGAUGCCAGGCGUUUCUGCCUGAACAGCAGACACUUACUGGGAAAGGAAGCUGCCAAGCAGAGGCAGCUGCGUCUGCUUGGCUACCACGUUGUUCAGAUCCCCUAUUACGAGGUGGAGCUGCUGAAAUCCAGGCUGGAAAUGGUGGGAUAUUUACAAAGGAAACUGUUCUCUCCAGGCACGGGCAUUCACUAGUCACCUGGAGAAACUGGCAUCAGAGCCCAUGCGGUGCAAGGACUCGGUUCCCAGGACCUGCUGUGAGAAGGGCAGUGGCGCCAAGCCUGCCGAUCUGGACAGGGCUGUGCUCUCCCUCACGCCACGCGCAGCUGGUCAGGGAGGAGCUCUCAUUUCAUCAGAACUUGUAUUUAUUCCAUGCCAGUAGCGGAGGUUUUUCUACACCAGUUGAUCGUGCGCAAUAAAGGGAGGUGCCACUUGG